AUGGAAUCCGCUCAAAUCCCAGGCGGGACCCCUGCGCCAUAUGGCCGCGCAUGUAUGAACUGUUCUCGUGCCAAGUGCAAAUGCAUUCUUCCCACAACUGGUAGUGGCUGCGAAAGAUGCCAGCGCCUAAACAAGGAAUGCCGGCCUGCGCAGACAGUUCGCAAGCGCAAUAAGCCACCGUCGGCUUCUAAUACUGCCAAUCUCGAGGCCAAACUUGAUUGGAUUAUGUCCGCAUUUGAAAAGGGUGGUGCUACGCCCGGUCUUCCUCCAGAUUGGCAAUCUGUAAACCUAGGACAGAGUCAACGGCAUGAUCCAAGCCAAUCUGCACCAACCACUCAAACCCCAACUAGUGUUUCUUCUUCAACUGCCGAGGAAGGACAGUAUCCUGCACACUUUCUGCCCUCGUAUGAUAGGGAGAUCUUAUCCCUGAUCUACGUCCCGCCAGCCAUGGCUCAGAAGUGCCUCGACCAGUUCCGCACUCAGAACUUGCAAUAUCUCCCCUUUGUCUACAUUCCUUCCAACCUAACCUCUGACCAAUUGCAACAGAAAUACCCAUUCCUCUGGGUAUGCAUUAUGGAAAUCACCACAUAUAACAACCCAGAAAAAGGUGACUCUUUCGGGAGAAUUACCAACCAUAUUCAUCAGAGAGUUAUGCUCGACCUUGUGCCGAGCAUGGAUCUUCUCCUUGGGAUCAUGACUUUCGUAUCAUGGGUUACAUACACUAAACGGCCAUUUCUCAAUGUCUAUGCACACAUUUUAAUGGCAGUUGUCGCCGAGCUUGGGAUCAAUCAAAGUGUCCCAAAUGAGUAUUCAGCCAUGCAUUCUUUCAAAGUCGCUAUUGGAAUGAAGCAAACUCCACCCACAGCCAGAACACUGGAAGAGAGAAGGGCUGUGCUGGGAUGCUUCUUGAUUUCAUCAAGUGCCGCAUUGGCAAUGUCCAGAAUCGACGCUAUGCGCUGGACACCGCACAUGGAAGAAAGUCUUUCAAUACUCGCCGAGGCUAAAGAGUGUCCCCAGGAUGAGCUCCUGAUUGCACUAGUCAAGAUCUAUUUGGUCUUAAAUAGAGUCCAUCAACUGCGGCGGGAUGGUGAAGCUUUCGUCUCGCUAGCCUUCUAUCUGGAUAGCUUCAAAAAUCAAUUAGACACAGUGAAGAGCCAAAUCCCGCCUCACCUUCUACAGCAUAGAGUCGUGCUGAUGUAUCUCUACAAUGCCGAAAUUGUAAUCAACGAAUUAUCAAUAGGAGCCCCUGCCAUUGCACAUUCGCCUGAUCUCCAUCGACUUGACAGCCUUUACGCCUCCCUCCAAGCAACAAAAGGCUGGCUAGAUGUAUGGCUAGAACUUGAAGGAGAGGAUUACCUACAGCUAUCAUGUGUCAUUUUUUUCCAAUUCACUCGAGCCAUCACCAACCUGUACAAACUCACCAUAUUGGAAGACCCGGCAUGGUCCAAGAGUAUGGUCCGAGACACCGCAAAUGUCCUGGAAUACCUGAAGAGAAACGAAGCCAUCAUCAGAAAGUGCCCAGAAUACAUCACUUUCGACCAAAGCAGGGAAAUGAACCUUCUAGAAAAGGGAUUGAGAAUGAUUCAAGGCAUGAGAAUGAACUGGGAGCCGAAACUGAUCGAAAUAUGGCGCCCAAAUAUGCCCGCGAACACCGGGAUCGAUAGUGGCAUGAUCCAGGCUGAUGCUAUACUCCCCGAUGUUAUGCCUUUGGGUGGGAUUGAUGAGGCCUGGAUGAUGGACUUCCUUGGUUCAUUAUGA